CUCCUUUUUCACUCUCUCCUAAAAGCACAUUCAUUAUCAACUUUAGCUAAGGCAAUGUGAAAGCGUAUCUCAAGUUCUCAAGAAUCAUUUACCGUCUUUUAAUCUUGAACGUUUAGUGAUCAACCCCUUACUCCUGUUUCUUAGUAAAUUCUCGAAAAUUGCAUUCCCUCUCUCUCUCUCUCUCUCUCUCUCUCUCUAUUUAUUCCACUUUUCUUUCUCUGCAGCACCAUUUUUCUGUUUUCCAAAGCAGCGUUUUCUGCUCCCCCCCCUGCCUCUCAUCCUCUUUCAGUUCCAGUUCCCUCUCUCUGAUAGAGAAGAUAAGCAUCCUGAUAAACACAACUAGCCGCUUGCAAAUCCACCCUCCUGAAACCCCUCUCUCCUCGCUGUCUAUCCAUCUCUUUCAUAGUUACUCUGUUCUUAGAAAAAAUCAUGUCUUUUGUUGAACUGGCCGUGUCUUUCAUUGGAGAGUCUGCUCUGUCAUCAUUCAUUGAGUCCUUGUUUGAGAGAAUUGGGUGCCCUGAGUUUCUAAACUUUGCUCGUGAGAGGCAAGUAAGUGCUGAAAUUAACGAGUGGGAGAAAAGAUUGAUGACGAUCCAAGCCAUGCUUGAAGAUGCAGAGGAGAAGCAGAUGUCUAACCGGUCGGUGAAGAUGUGGCUGGACGAGAUCAAAGAUUUGGCUUAUGAUGUGGAGGACAUCUUGGACGAGUUUCAAACUGAAUCUUUACAACGCCAGUUGAAAGGAGAAACUGAAGCUGGUUCAAGUAAGCUUCGGAAACUCGUUCAUACUGUGAAAAAUGCCAUCAAUCCAGGAGCAGUGACUUUCAAUUCAACGAUGGUGUCCAAGAUGAAGGAGAUCACUACCAGAUUUCAGAAGAUCGUAGACCAGCAAAACCACUUGGAUUUGAUAAACAGAAAUGUUGGUGGGACGUCCUCUAGCAAGGUCUGUGUGCGACCACCCAGUACAUGUUUGGAUCAUGAACCUGAAGUGUAUGGGAGAGAUGAAGAUAAAAGGAAGAUACUUGAUUUGAUUUCGAAUACAAGUGAAGUGAAAGUUGGAGUAAUACCCAUUUUUGGGAUGGGCGGGGUGGGUAAAACAACACUCGCCCGGCUUGUCUACAAUGAUGAGUCAUCACAACAACAAUUUCAUCUAAAAGGAUGGGUUUGUGUGUCUGAUGAGUUUGACAUUUUGAAGAUAACAAAGAGCAUUCUUGAGUCGAUCACUCGAGAGUCGUGUUAUCUAAACGAGCUCAAUCAAGUUCAACUGGAGUUGUGUGAAAAAUUAGAAGGAAAGAAGUUUUUGAUUGUUUUAGACGAUGUCUGGAACAAGAAUUAUGAUGAGUGGAAUGCCUUGUGUUCUCCAUUGAUGCAUGGAGCUCCGGGAAGCAGAGUGAUCGUGACAACCCGUGAUGAAGCUAUUGCACGGAUGAUGGAAACAAUUGAAUCUCACAAUUUGAAUUGUAUUUCAGAUGAAAAUUGCUGGAAAUUGUUUCUUUACCAUGCCUUUGCUGGUAGAAGAGUUGCAGAUCCAAAAUUGGAAGUCAUCCGCGACAAGGUCAUCAAGAAGUGUGGUGGCUUGCCUUUGGCAGCAAGGACUUUGGGUGGCCUUCUACGCUCAAAACCAUGGGAGGAUUGGGAAAAUAUAAUGAACAGCAAAAUCUGGAAUUUACAAGACGAUGUCAACAACAUUCUUCCUGUGUUAAAAUUAAGCUACUAUCAUCUCCCUUCCCAUUUAAAGAGGUGUUUCGCAUAUUGUGCAAUAUUCCCCAAGGAUUAUGUAUUUGAAAAGAAACAACUAGUCCUUCUAUGGAUGGCAGAAGGUUUAAUUGAGCAACGUGGCGGUCAAUAUGUGGAGGAUGUGGGAGAAGAGGAUGUGGGAGAAGAGUAUUUUCAAGAUCUAUUCUCUAGAUCAUUUUUUCAAUCUUCAAGCACUGGUGGAUUCAUAAUGCAUGACCUGGUGAAUGACCUAGCACAAGUGGUUGCUGGAGAUGCAUGUUUCAGAUUGGAGGAUAAAGUGACUCCACGUAAGCGAGAAAAAUCUCGCCACUCUUCUUACAUCCCUAGCCCCUAUGAUCGCUGUGAAAGAUUUGAGUUGUUUGAAAAUAUCAAGUGUAUGCGAACCUUCCUGCCUUUAUCACUACACCGUUAUGGUUUUCGAUAUAACUCCUUAGCAAAUUGUGUCCCUUCUUAUUUGUUAUCAAUGUUGAUGUUUAAGGGUGCUAUCCUUCCGUGGUUAUAAUAUCACUGAGCUACCAGAUUCAAUAGGUGACUUGAAGCAUCUAAGGUAUCUCGACCUUUCAUGCACUCGGAUUGUAACUUUACCUGAGAGAACAACCUCUCUAUGUAAUUUACAAACUAUGCUGCUGAAAGGCUGUAAUGAUCUAAAGAAAUUGCCAUCAGAAAUGCAAAA